GCGCUCUGUUACACCUGGCCACAGUUCAGACAUGGUGGUGGAAAAAGUCACUGUAAAAGUCCUUCUUUGACCUCUACACGUAGCCGCAAAUGACACCCAAACGAAGACAUUUAUAGAUGUAAUGUUCGUAACUGUUCAAGUCAGGGUUCACUCUGGAUAUGACGGAGAUGGUUGACGGCUACAACAGGAGGGCCGCCGGCCCGGAGCAAACGCUCAUGGCGACAGAACCCUCUUGCGAUGAUUGUCAGACCCAGAUAAGAGGUGGUGAGGUGGGCCAUCACGUUGGGGUGCAGGUGACUCCCUUUGAUUGGUACGAGGAAUUCUUCUGCAGCAGUCACGCUUCCGUCCGUCUGCUCAGUGCCCUCGCGACCUCCUCUGGGCAGCGCAGUGAUGUGGUGAAACAAGGUUACCUGGGCAAGCUCGAGCGGAGUCACAGACGAUAUUUUGUCCUCAGAGCAGGAAGUCACACCGGGCCGAGUCGACUUGAGUGGUACAAGUCGGAGGAGAAGUUUGCAGCAAUGGAGAAGUCGUCUGGAAAAGCUACGCUGUUUGGGCCGAGGAAGCAAGGGGUGAUUUUCCUAAGGUGCUGCAUUGGAGUGGGCUGCCUGGGUAGUUCCAGGAAAGGCCUCACGGUGGCACUCUAUGCUCAGGACCAGACGAUGGUGCUGGUGGCGGAGGACCAGAGGGAUCAAGAAGCGUGGUACCUGUCCAUCAAGAAAAUGAUGGAGGAGCGCAGUGAUGAAGAUCAAGCGUGUGAUGAUGAGGACGACGGGUAUUGCACGCUGCCACCCGCGGCCUUCUUCAAAGAGGUUUGGCCUGUGUCAGUGAAGGCUGGUCUCGGCUUGGGCCGCUCAAAGACUUUGGCAGGUGAGCUCCGCCUCUGCCUCACCGCGACCUCGCUCAUCCUGAUCCCAGUGGGCGCGUGCCCCGAUUUGCCCUCCGUUACGAUUCCUUUGCCGGGCAUCCGUCGUUUUGGCCACUUGGACGGCUCCUUUUUUCUGGAGCUCGGCCGGACGGCGCCGAUCGGCCCUGGGGAGAUCUGGUUUGAAGCGAGAGACCAAGCACAGCACAUUCACGAAGUGGUUCGGGACACGGUGCGCGCACUGCGGGCGCUCCCGGAUUUCGGCCGGUCCCCGACCUCCAACCACAAUCAGCUCCUGGCCCCCAAACGCUGCAGACCCAAAUACAGACAGAAGAAAAACCCCGACGUCCAGACGCCGUGCCAACAAGCCGACGCAACAGAACCUCAGUCUCCGCUCAGCCUACGUAGCCUCGCCUCGCCUGUGCACGACCGCUACAUGGACAUGAGCAGGCGGCCCGGAGGUGACGGAUGCACUAUGGGGGGUGAGGCGGAAGGCGGCGGUUACGUGAUGAUGUCACCGCAGGUCAGCCGCACCUCUUGUGCGCUGCCUCAAGAUGCUUAUGUUGCCAUGUCAAGUCCACAAAAACACGACCGGCCAGCCUCCGUUUCCCCUGGGGGAGGAGUCAACAGAUGUUCUCCUCGUCAAGCCACCGACGGGUCGCGGCGUACUUCGAGUUACGACGAACGACUGCCGCUGCCGUUUGGGUUCCCUUGGUCUCCCAAAGAACGUACAGAUCCUCCCGGACCGAUGACUCCCUUUGUCCAAUCUAGUCGCCUCCAAGCAGGAGAUCGGCUCGCUGUUCGAUCUCGACUCUCCUCGUGUCUGCCGUCAUGUCUGCGAGCUUACGACUGAUCAAGAACACUGGUUUGUAAGCGUUGUCAAUGUGGGCUGAUCCGGCAUGUUUUAAAGCCGGUGCAGCCGUGGGAUGUCGGACCCCGAACGUGAAGACGGUCACGUUUCACUUAUUGCUUGCACAAGAGUGCAAAACAGUUUCUCACCACCAGGAUGUGGCUUUCACUGAAAGAUGUUUCACGGUUCAUGUUCCACUGUUGUAUGAAUGAAUAAAAGUCACUUGAAUGCAA